CCCCCCCCCCCCCCCCCCGGGAAUGGACGCCUCGGACUCCGGCGGGGGCGCCUCGGCGGAUGCCGGCGAGCAACUCUGGGACUGGGGCAACCUCCUCAACUUCGUCCAGGAUGACGACUCGCUGGUCCUCCCGUGGGACAGCGACGUGGGGAUAGGGGCAGCCGACCCCACCGAGGCCGUCGCGCCGCUGCUCCCCGCGCCGCUGCCGCAGCCGGAGCCGGAGCCCGGACCGGUGCUUCCGCCGCCCCCUCUUCGGGUCCAGGGGAUCGGGCGCCGCGUGCGGAAGCGGGACCCGCGGCUGGUGUGCCCGAACUACCUCGCGGGGAGGGUGCCGUGCGCGUGCCCCGAGGUGGACGAGAUGGUCGCCGCCGCGGAGGUGGAGGACGUGGCGACGGAGUUCCUCGCCGGCGCACGGAAGAAGACUAAGACAGCGGCCCGGCGGGGCAAAGCGGGAGCCGCAGGCGGCGCUGGAGCUGCUGGAGGAACUGUCCGCGCGGCGGCGAUGGAGAUGAAGUGCCAGGUGCCUGGGUGUGAGGCGGACAUACGGGAGCUCAAGGGGUACCACCGCCGGCACCGGGUGUGCUUGCGUUGCGCACAUGCGUCUGCUGUCAUGCUCGAUGGCGUCCAGAAGCGCUACUGCCAGCAGUGCGGCAAGUUCCAUGUAUUACUAGAUUUUGAUGAAGAUAAAAGGAGUUGCAGAAGAAAGUUGGAGCGCCACAACAAAAGACGACGAAGAAAACCUGAUUCUAAAGGAAUACUUGAUAAGGAAAUAGAUGAGCAAUUGGAUCUGUCAGCAGAUGUUAGCGGCGAUGGUGAACUUAGAGAAGAGAACAUGGAAGGCACAACUAGUGAGAUGCUUGAGACUGUUCUUAGCAACAAGAUUUUGGACAGAGGAACACCGGCAGGAUCUGAAGAUGUGCUCAGCUCACCAACUUGUACACAGCCCAGUUUGCAAAAUGAACAAAGUAAAAGUGUAGUGACUUUUGCAGCUUCUGUCGAAGCCUGCAUUGGUGCAAAGCAGGAAAAUGCAAAACUUACUACCAAUUCCCCGAUGCAUGACACCAAGAGUGCCUAUUCAUCCUCGUGUCCAACAGGACGCAUCUCAUUCAAGUUGUAUGACUGGAAUCCUGCUGAAUUUCCUCGACGCCUACGGCACCAGAUAUUUGAGUGGUUGGCUAGCAUGCCUGUUGAAUUGGAGGGCUACAUUCGACCUGGUUGUACUAUUUUAACUGUUUUUGUCGCAAUGCCGCAACACAUGUGGGACAAGUUAUCAGAUGAUGCAGCAAAUCUUCUCAGAAACUUGGUAAAUUCCCCUAACAGCCUUUUGUUGGGUAAAGGGGCCUUCUUCAUUCAUGUCAAUAACAUGAUAUUUCAAGUACUGAAAGAUGGAGCGACAUUGAUGAGUACCAGAUUAGAUGUACAAUCCCCAAGGAUCGAUUAUGUUCAUCCAACAUGGUUUGAAGCUGGGAAACCUGUUGAGCUCAUCCUUUGUGGAAGUUCCCUUGACCAGCCAAAGUUCAGGUCACUUCUGUCAUUUGAUGGAGACUAUUUGAAGCAUGAUUGCCACCGUUUAACAUCUUGUGAUGCGAUUGAUUGUGUUGAAAAUGGCGAUCUUAUUCUUGAUUCUCAACAUGAAAUUUUCCGAAUAAACAUCACUCAAUCAAGACCUGACAUUCAUGGACCUGCAUUUGUGGAAGUCGAAAACAUGUUUGGAUUAUCAAAUUUUGUUCCAAUCCUUUUUGGUAGUAAACAGCUGUGUUCUGAACUAGAGAGGAUACAGGAUGCUCUUUGUGGUUCGUCUAACAGUAACUUAUUUGGAGAGUUACCAGGUGCUGCUUCUGAUCCUUAUGAGCAUCGGAAGCUUCAAAUGGCUGCAAUGUCUGGAUUCCUGAUAGACAUCGGAUGGCUUAUCAGGAAGCCUACUCAUGAUGACUUCAAAAAUGUACUGAGUUCAACGAAUAUCCAGAGAUGGGUAUGCAUAUUAAAGUUCUUGAUACAGAAUGAUUUUCUCAAUGUUCUGGAAAUAAUUGUGAAGUCAAUGGAGAACAUCAUGGGCUCCGAGGUCCUUUCAAACUUGGAAAGGGGGAGGUUGGAAGAUCAUGUAACAGCAUUUCUUGGAUAUGUAAGCCAUGCUCGAAACAUUAUUAAUAGUAGAGCUAACAGUGAUGAGAAAACAAAGCUUGAAACAAGAUGGAUUAGUGUUAGUUCUCCAAAUCAGCCAAGCUUAGGCACUUCUGAUCCACCUGCUAAUGAAACCACUGGUACUGGUGGUGAUAAGAAUUUGCACUCAGCUAAUGCAGCUUAUGAGGAAGAAACUGUGCCACUUGUGACUAGAGAUGACUCACACAGGCACUGGUGCCAGCCUGAUAUGAAUGCUAGGUGGCUUAAGCCCUCACUGGUGGUUAAGUAUCCUGGCGGUGCCACGAGAAUGCGACUUGGCAUGACUGUGGUAGUUGCUGCUGUGUUGUGUUUUACAGCUUGCCUUGUACUUUUCCACCCCCAUGGAGUAGGGGCGCUUGCAUCUCCAGUAAAGAGAUACUUAUCUAGUGACUCCGCAUUGUAGUCAAUGUUAGGUCGGAUCUUUAUUUCCCCUGCCGCCUUCCUCUGUAUCAUAUGCGCAUUGUAAGUUGAGGCAUAGCUUGUGCAUCUGGUUUUUGGGAGAGGGUCAACAUACAGGUGCUUUGCCCAUCUGUGCAAACCUGUUUUCUUCAGACUGUAAGUAGAGAUGCCAGAGUUUCUGACCUGCUAGUGUAUGGGUAUGUAAACUGCUAUGGUAGUGCGUCAGCUAAUAGAAAAUAGCUUCAUUGCUGCAAAGAGUGCGUCUCAACUAUUGACAUGCAAUUGUAAUAUUCUCUCAUUGCAGUGGCCGGUGGGUUUCAUUGGACAAUUUGGAACAGACAAACUGAACAUCACUGCCUUACACAGCGGAAGGGUUCAAUGUCACGAAAACAGCUUGGAGAA